AUGACAGCGGGGGCCCGAGGUCCACGUCGGCUUGUGCUGGGGUUGCUACUGUGUGUGCUGAACCCCUCUGUGUCCCAGGGUGGGAAGCUGCUGUUGGUGCCCGUCGAUGGCAGCCACUGGUUGAGCUUGCUCGGGGUCAUCCAGCAGCUGCACCAGCGAGGACACGACAUAGUGGUCGUAGCUCCCGAAGCCGCCAUGUACAUUAAAGAAGAUGCGUUUUAUACCUUGAAGAGCUACCCCGUGCCAUUCCGCAAGGAGGAUAUGGAAGAGGCUUUUAUCAGUCUCGGGCAUGAUGUUUUUGAAAAGAAACCUUUCCUGCAGUAUGCAGUCCAGAUAUACAAGAAAAUCAAGAAGGACUCUGCUCUGCUUUUUUCUGCCUGCUCCCACCUACUGCACAACCAGGAGCUGAUGGCCUCCCUGGUAGAAAGCGGCUUCGAUGCCGUGUUGACAGACCCUUUCCUUCCCUGCGGCCCCAUCGUGGCCCUGUACCUGGAGCUGCCCGCCGUGUUCUUCUCAAACGCACUGCCAUGCGGCCUAGAUUUGCAAGGUACCCAUUGCCCCAGCCCACCAUCCUAUGUGCCCAGGGUUCUGUCCCUUAACUCAGAUCACAUGACCUUCCUACAGCGGGUAAAGAACAUGCUCAUUCUCGCAUCAGAGGGCUUUCUGUGCAACAUGGUUUAUUCCCCAUAUGCACCACUUGCCUCGGAAAUCCUUCAGAAAGAUGUGACGCUCCAGGACCUUAUGGGCUCCUCAUCAGUAUGGCUUUUCAGAAGUGACUUUGUCAAGGAUUACUCCAGGCCCAUCAUGCCCAACAUGGUUUUUAUUGGUGGGAUCAACUGUGCCAGCCAAAAGCCUCUUUCCCAGGAAUUUGAAGCCUAUGUUAAUGCUUCUGGAGAACAUGGAAUUGUGGUUUUCUCUUUGGGCUCCAUGGUCUCGGAGAUUCCCGAGAAGCAAGCUAUGAAAAUUGCUGAUGCUUUGGGUAAAAUACCUCAGACGGUCCUGUGGCGGUACACUGGCACUCCACCAUCAAAUCUUGCGAAGAACACCAUACUUGUCAAGUGGCUUCCCCAAAAUGAUCUGCUUGGUCACCCAAAGACUCGGGCCUUCAUCACACAUUCUGGCUCCCAUGGCAUAUACGAGGGAAUAUGCAAUGGCGUUCCAAUGGUGAUGCUACCCUUAUUUGGUGAUCAGAUGGACAAUGCAAAGCGCAUGGAGACCCGGGGGGCUGGAUUGACCUUGAACGUCCUGGACAUGACUUCUGAAGAUUUAGCAAAUGCCCUAAAAACUGUCAUCAAUGACAAAAGCUACAAGCAGAACAUCAUGCGCCUGUCCAGCCUGCACAAGGACCGCCCCGUCGAGCCCCUGGACCUGGCUGUGUUCUGGGUAGAGUUCGUCAUGAGACACAAGGGGGCUCCGCACCUGCGCCCUGCAGCCCACGAUCUCACCUGGUACCAGUACCAUUCUUUGGAUGUGAUCGGCUUCCUCCUGGCCAUUGUGCUGGGCGUAGUCUUCAUCACUUAUAAAGGCUGUGCCUUCGGCUGCCGGAAAUGCUUUGGGAAAAAGGGACGAGUUAAGAAAUCUCACAAGUCCAAGACACACUGAGAAGUGGGUGGGAAAUGAGGUGACCCAAAGUUGCAACUGGAGACAAUGUUAAAUUUAUGUUAUGCUUAUUAAAGAAAUACUUAGCCCUAAGGGAGAUACCCUC